AUGACGCUCAAAGGAUGGCGGCUAGUAUUAAACAAAGUAUUAUUUAUACCACAGCGAUAUGUUUUUGGUUUGCUCGGCCUAUUUGCAUUAGCAAAUUCAUUUACGAUGAGAGUUUGUUUGAGUGUAGCCAUCGUUAAGAUGGUCAAGCAAGUUUCGUCAGAAGGACAUAUUGUUGGCGAAACUUGUCCAGAUCCAACAAACUAUAAUACAACGGAUUCGAUACUGACAACAAAUUCAUCAGACCUUUAUACGGGUCGAGAUCGAUACGACUGGGAUGAGAAGACACAAGGUUUACUGCUCAGUGCAUUUUAUUAUGGAUAUGUUGUAACUCACUUGCCUGGUGGACUUCUUGCGGAAAGAUUCGGCGGAAAAUGGACUAUAGGACUUAGUCUUCUGGCUACUUCAAUAUCUACGUUGCUUACACCGUUAAUAGUUGGAAUGUGGGGUGCUUUUGGGUUAUUCAUAAUGAGAGUUAUCAGUGGAUUGGGAGAGGGUCCAGUGACUCCAGGAUUUGUUCUAUUAAUGGCACGUUGGGUGCCGCCGGCAGAGCGGUCUCGUUUUGGGGCAAUGAUCUUUGGAGGGGCCCAAAUCGGUAAUAUCGCGGGUCCCUACAUUUCAGGAUUGCUCUUGGCAAAUGACGGCGACUGGGCCAAUGUAUUUUAUGUGUUCGGUGGAAUGGGCAUCAUUUGGUUUAUAUUUUUUUCACUUCUAUGCUACAGUUCCCCAAAUUCGCAUCCAUUCAUAUCGGACGAAGAGAAACUUUACUUAAACACUACUGUCGUUGCCUCCGGCCUACAUAAGAAGCUGGAUCCUGUACCGUUUAAAGCUAUUUUCAGAUCAGCACCAGUCUGGUCCCUGGUGAUAGCUGCAAUCGGUCACGAUUGGGGUUACUUCACAAUGAUCACUGAUUUGCCGAAGUAUUUCUCUGAUGUCUUAAAGUUUAAUAUUAAGGAAACUGGACUGAUGGCUGCUCUACCUUAUGUCGCUAUGUAUAUUUGUUCAUUCAUAUUUGCCAGUUUUUGUGAUUUUUGCGUUCGUAAAAAAUGGCACAGCAUUGCUACUGGAAGGAAGAUUUAUACAACAGUAUCCUCCGCUGUGCCUGCGAUAUUUAUUAUUCUCGCUUCGUACUCGGGUUGUGACCGUAUUAAGGCGGUCGGAUUUUUCGUGGCAUCCAUGGCCUUUAUGGCAGGUUUCUAUAGUAGUGUGAAGAUCAAUGCCAUGGACAUUGCCCCUAACUACGCCGGGACAUGCUCCGCUAUUGUUAACGGAUUGGCUGCUGUGUCAGGGAUGAUAACUCCAUACAUGAUUGGUCUAUUGACACCUGAUCAAACGAUUCAGCAAUGGCGCCUAGCUUUCUGGACAAUAUUCGUUGUCCUUGUGGGAACAAACAUCAUAUAUUUGAUAUGGGGAUCUGGUGAGCCACAGUGGUGGGACGAUGUUGACAAGUAUGGCUAUCCUCCUAAUUGGAAACAUGGACCUCUUAGGAAGAGAUCAGAAAACUCGGAGAAAAACGUAGUAUAUCCAAAACACGACCAUUCGCCAAUUGCUAAAGACUAA